GACACAUUCUUACUGCCUCCGGGGUAUUUACACACCAAUGGCGUUGAGACUUACGUAGCUAAAAUGCGCUGUGGUUGAAUCCCGGCGCAUGUUAGAAUCCCGAAACUUCAGUUACAUUUCCGCGAUUUCUCCUCCCUUAGACGGCGCCAUCGAUCGUCCUACCGCUUCGCCGCCGCUAGUUUUACCGGAGUUGUAUCAGGAUCUAUCGGAUUCUUCCAUUGAUGGCAAGAAUUUCAGAUUCGGUUUCCCGAGUUUCUCUUUUGGUGGAUCCAUGGAGCUAAUGGCUGUGCCUAAGAAGAAAAUUUCUAAACACAAGAGAGGGAUAAGAAAUGGACCAAAGGCCCUUAAACCUACCCCCGUGAUCAUCCGUUGCAGGAGUUGUGGGAGAGUUAAGCUGCCACAUUUCUACUGCUGCAGCGGUGAGCAUUCAAUACCUGAUGAGCAAAGCAAUUGAAACAAGUGAUCCGUACUUUACCACAUGAUUAAGCCUUGCUAUAAUUGUCCACAAAAAAAAAAA